ACCGUUGGGAAACCCUUAUGCUCAAACGGUCACCUUAUCUUCCCCCAUUUCAUAUACACCUUGACCUUCACCUCCAUUGAGCUUGCAAUUCCCCAAUUCAACACAGACAAACCCUAAUUCCACAACAAUCUCAUCUCACCAUGGAAGACACCACGCUCAAAACACCUCCAAAAAUCCCAAUUGAAGCUCAAUCAACCGAGCCUGAAUGCAAAACCCCAACUCCAAUUCCACAACCACCCCAGAAUGAUGAUCCUAAUUCCACUGAUGAACUCCGCAAAUCUCUCAUCCCAGAUCCUCUUAGAGUCCCCAAAGCAUUCAAAUUCCCAGAAAGGUAUACAAGUCCAACUGAUUCGAUCAUGUCGCCGGUAACCAAAGGUCUUCUAGCUAGAGGCAAAAAGGGUGUGGCAAAAUUACCACCUGGUAAAUAUCAUCCAAAGAUUCCAGACAUGAGCUUGCAGGAAGUGGGUCCUUUUCAGAACAACAAGGUUCCAAUUCCAAUGUUGAUUGAUGAGAGGAUCAACUCAAUUUGAGGAAUUUGAUGAACCUUUGCUCAUGAUGAGUCAUGUGAUAACAAAGGUUCAAAGGAAUCUUUAAAGAUGAUGUAAUAUUACAGAGAGAGAGGGAGAGAGAGAGAGAGAGGUUUAGGUCUCAAAGAACUGUCUGUUCUGUAAUUGUAUGUCUUAGAAAUAUGUGUUGCAGGUCUUGUUCUCGUGUUAAAAAGUUUUGUACUUUCAGAUUCUAUUGAACCUGGGAGAAACUAAUAAUAUAAAGAUUCCAAUAGGGUCAUUUUCAUUUUA